GAAUCCUGCUAAAAAGAGCCAAACAGCAACAUCAAUCCUACUCUCAUCCUGGAUUCCCGCUUGAUAAUCUCUGAUACUACUCAAACUUCUCGAUCUUGCGCAUUGGAACCAACGCUUUAUGGGUUUCGCGGAUUCGGGAGAAAAUGGCGGAAACUAGUGCAAGUGUUUUAGAAGAUUUUCCGGCUCAUGCACUUCUUCCAAAGAGAGAAACUCAAGUAGAAAAUUUUUUAAAGAAAUAUCCAAACUACAAUGGUGAUGGAGUACUGAUCGCCAUAUUUGACUCUGGUGUUGAUCCAGGAGCGCAAGGUUUAACGGCUACACCAUCUGGUAAAAGAAAGAUAGUUGAUCUUAUUGAUUGUAGUGGUAGUGGUGACGUUGAUACUUCGACUGUUGUCACAGUAAAUGAAGAUGAUGGAUGUAUCAUUGGAAAGACAGGACGCAAGUUAAGAAUACCAACUUCGUGGACAAAUCCCAGUGGACAAUACCGUGUUGGUUUGAAGACUGCCUAUUCUUUGUUUCCUGAGUCAGCAGUAAAAAGAGUAAAGAAUGAAAAGAAGAAAGAUGAAUGGGAUCCUGUUCAUAAAGUUAAAGUUGCAGACGCAUCAAGAAGACUUUGUGAAUUUGAAGCAAAAUGUGCAACACCUACAUCUGAGAUCGAAAAGCUUGAACAUGAAAAUUUGAAAGCUACUGUAGAAGCUUUAAACACAAUCGACAAAAAGUAUAAAGAUCCUGGACCUGUUUUUGAUUGUGUUGUUUUUCAUGAUGGAGAGAUGUGGCGAGCCUGCAUUGACGUUACAGAAAAAGGCAAUCUUGACGAAUGUGAUGUUCUUGGGUCUUAUCGACUAACAGGACAGUAUGCAAGAUUUAGUAAAAAGGAUAUGGUAAACUACAGUGUAAAUGUUUAUGAAGAUGGAAAUGUUUUAUCCAUUGUGACAACUUCAAGUUCACAUGGUACCCAUGUUUCAUCAAUAGCUGCUGCAUAUUUUGAAUCUCAGCCUGAGUUAAAUGGGGUUGCACCUGGUGCUCAGAUUAUUUCCAUGCAAAUAGGUGAUAAUAGAAUAAAUGGUAUGGAGACAGGAACUGCAUUAAUAAGAGCUUUGAUUUGUGCAAUUGAGAACAAGGUUGAUGUUGUGAACAUGAGUUAUGGAGAAGCAGCCAAGUGGGCCAAUGAUGGGAGAGUAAUUGAAAUGAUGAAUAAGAUGGUUGAGGAACAUAAUAUCAUAUUUAUAUCCAGUGCUGGUAACAAUGGUCCUGCACUUUCCACCUGCAGCUCUCCAGGUUCGAUGACUGAAAAUGUGAUUGGGGUUGGUGCAUAUGUAUCUCCAGAUAUGAUGACUGCAGAGUACUCCAUGUUGGAGAAAAUGCCAGGCACACAAUACACCUGGUCUUCACGGGGACCAUGUGUUAAUGGCUCACUUGGUGUCUGUAUAUCUGCACCGGGUGGGGCAAUUACCUCAAUACCAAAGUGGACACUAGCAAAAAGUAUGUUAUGUAAUGGCACAUCUAUGUCAUCUCCAAAUGCAUGUGGUGGUGUAGCUGUGUUACUGUCAGCACUUAAAAAGGAAGGCAUUGAAUACUCUCCUAGAAGCAUUCGUCGAUGUCUUGAAAAUACAGCUCUAAAGGUUCAAGGACUGUCAGCAUUUACUAUUGGUCAGGGUCUCUUGCAGGUGGAAAAAUCUUUUGAAUUCAUGCAAGAGUUAGUUGUAGACCAUGUUGCUAAAUAUGUUUCCUUCAGGGUUCGGUGCAAUGGAAAAUCAGGGAUUUACAUCCGUGAGCCGUGCGAUCAUCUUCUGCCUGAGAAACACACUGUUUUUGUGAAACCAGAUUUUCACAAAGAUACUGAUAACGAUUUAAAAGCAGAUUUUAAUGUAGAUAUAUGUCUUGUAAGCACCUCAGCUUGGGUGACAUGUCCAUCACAUUUGAAUAUGACAAACACAGCUCGUUCAUUUCCGUUACUUAUUCAAAAAAGCGGGUUGAAGCCAGGAUGUUAUUAUGCUGAGGUUCAAGGUAUAGAUUUAGCUCACAAAACAUUAGGACCAGUUUUUAGAAUACCUAUCAGCGUCAUUAUACCAGAAAGAGUUGAAAGUAAGAAUGAAAUAAUCAAUAUUGGGAAAUUGGAUUUUAAACCUGGAGAUCGAAAACGUUUCUUUUAUUUCGUACCGCAAAGUGCUACCUGGGCUACGCUUAAAUUAAAGUCACUGGAAAAAGAAAAGGACAUUAGAUAUGUAGUACAUGCUGUUCAACUUGUGCCUGAUGCAGCAUUUGUGGAAAAUGAAUUUGAGAGAUAUAUUUCGUUAAAACCAAACUCGGGCAUCACAGAACUUACUUUCAAAGUGCAGGAGGGACACACUUUGGAAUUGUGUUUAGCAAGAUGGUGGACUAUACAAGGUGAUUCAGAAUUAGCUGCUGAACUCUGUUUCCAUGGUUUGCAACCAUUAAAUCGGGAAAUAUCCCUGACAUGUACACGAGGCUUUGCUAAAGUAGAUGUGGUGAAUAACUUGAUGAUUGAAAAACUUGAUCCUGUGGCUUCAUUAACGCAUCAUGUCAUACCAUUAGCACCUAAGGACAACUUGUUAAAACCUUUGGGAGUUAGGGAUUUGCUUCCAAACGGUGAACAAAUUUACAGUCUUGAAUUGACUUAUAAUUUUCAACUGCCAAAAGCCAGUGACGUCAAUGUAGUGAUUCCACAAUUUCAUGAUUUGUUAUAUGAGAACAAGUUUGAAUCUCAGUUUUGGAUGAUUUACGAUUCGAAUAAGUCCUUAUGUGGAGUUGGGGAUGCAUUUACUUUAAAAUACAAGUACGUAGCUAAACUUGAGAAAGGCGAUUAUGUGGUGAAAGUUCAAGUUCGACAUAGCGAUGUGGAAAGCUUAGAAAAAUUAAAAGAUCUUAUUAUCGAUAUACAUGUUUCGCUAACCACAUCCGUUGCGUUGGAUGUAUUUUUAAGUCGGAAGGAUUUGUUGGAUAAUAAGAAAAUACAACGCAAACCCGACGUAAAUCCAUCAUCUCGAAGUACAGUGUAUUUAUCAUUCCCUGCCGAAGACAAGUAUCCUAAAGGUGCAAAAACUGGACAAUUUUUGAUUGGUAAUAUAUCGUUUGCAUCAGCAUCAAGAACAUGUAUGAACUACCCGCUUCAACUGUCCAUCCCCCCGUUGAAGUCACCAGAUGUUAAAAAAGAACAGAAGGAAGCCAAAAAGAUUGAAGAAGAAUACGAGGAAGCUCACGAAGAAUUUAUUAAUACAUGGAUUGCUAAGCUUGAUGGCUCGCCAUUAAUUGAGGAAUUGUUAAAUAAAAUGAACGGCAACAUAAAGUCUCAAAAUUCAUACUUGAAUGCUCUAGACACUUCAAAGGAGCGUCUUUCAAAAUUACGUGAGAUUAUAUCAACUGCUGAUAAAAUUAUUGACCAGGUCGACCAAGAUAAAUUACUUUCAUAUCUUGCUAUGAAAAUUGAUCCUGAUACCGAAGCUGAGAAAAGAAAAUCUGAAAUGGAAAAACAAAAAGAAUAUCUGUUAAAUGCUUUGUAUAAAAAAGGUUUAGCAUUGGCUGAUGGUUUGCUUGAAAUAAACAAAAGAGAAAAUGCUGCAGGUGAUACUGAACAACAAGAAACAACUAAUGACGCUGCAUAUCAAGUGGAGGAUCUGACUGAAUGUUAUCGGAAUUUUCAGAAGUUUGUCGACGCAACUGAUUCGAAGAUGUUAAUGAUGACUGUUCGACAUGGUAUGGUACACAAACACUAUGGACGAGCGUUGAAAGCUUUGUUGAAAUACUUCGAAGAGAAUGGAACAACGAAAGCUUAUUAUGAUGUGUAUCUACAAUUGGUGGAGUCAUGUGGAUGUCAUCAUAUAGUUUCUUAUUUACGAAAUUGGAAUCUGUUGAAAUUUCCUGACACCUAUGAAUUAUUUUAGUCAUUUUUUGUAUCUGCGGUAGACCCCACGAAUUCUCCUUUUUUUAUAAACUGUCACUUUUUUUUUACUAUGUUUCAACUUUCGGUGUGUAAUUUAGUAAUUAAUUAAUGGAAUGGCGGCGUUUUACAGAGGCGGCGUUAUAUGAAAUAAGUAUUUAAACAAAAUAGCUGCGCCGUGUGCUCGGAUUUACUUAAAUAACGUCCAAGUGUUAAAAUACAGCAAUGGUAAGGUAGCAUCGCAAAAUUUGUUUAUUCAUGUAGACUUUGUGUAUGAACACAACAGAACGUGUAAAUAAAAUUGUACGAUCGGUUUUUAAUAUGAUAUGGAAAUGGUAAAUACGUUAUUACUAACUUCAGUUUUUCUGUGUGUUUAAACUUGUUCAUGAACCGGUUUAAUCGCGUUUAAUUUAUUAAAACUGGCCUCACGUUCGUUAAGAAAGCUUCCAACAUGAAUGAAUAUAUAUAAUUUUUAUGGAUAAAAAAGUUUACUAUUUGCCACCUAUAUUUCGUUUUAACAUUAUGAAGUUGCUUGUAUUAAAUUAGUUAUCGGCUUAUCUGUAAUUGAUUAUUUUUUACAUAAAAUCUCACUUGUAGCGAAAAUAAAUGUGUUUCCAUAUACUGUA